UUGCACUCAUUCCCCUGCAUUUUAUUUGCAUGCUGUUGCUUCCUCGGCUGCAGUGAAGGUAGGAGGAGCUCAGGGAACACUGUGGAGUGCUCCCUGUCACAGAAUCUUUGCUUAGCCAUUACCUGCUUACUUCCAAGCAAGGCUGACAAGAAGUACUUUUUAGUUUUAAAAAUAUUUAUAUUACAAAGGCACCCAGUGGAAAAGGAGAGAGAAAAGCAAACAGGAGAAGGAUUCUUGAACAGAAAGGAGCUGGCAGCAGACACUGCCACUGAAGUUUUUUGAUGAGAAGUUAGUUUUUCUUAUAUUUUUACUUUGAAAAGCAAAUUUUUAAAAAUUGUAUUUGUAUUACAUUUUUCUUUGUACAUUUUUGGACACACAUUAAAAGAAGAUGGUGGCUGGAAUGUUAAUGCCAUUGGAGAAGUUGCGGGCGAUUUACGAGCUGCUGUUUCGGGAUGGGGUGCUGGUGGCCAAGAAGGACAAGCGCCCACAGAGCCUGCACCCAGAGGUCCCGGAGCUCACCAAUCUACAGGUGAUCAGAGCGAUGGGCUCCCUCAAAUCCAGAGGCUACGUGCGCGAGACCUUCGCCUGGAGGCACUUCUACUGGUACCUCACCAAUGAGGGCAUCGUCUACCUGCGGGAUUACCUGCGUCUCCCGCCCGAGAUUGUCCCAUCGUCUCUGCAGAGGGUGCGCCGGCCUGCCUCCACCCUGGACGUGGCCCGAAAGACAGCGGGGGUCCAGGUUGUGGAAGGCCCCACUUCUUAUGCUCCAAAACCAUCAUCCAGAGCUGGAGCAGAGGGUCUGGAUUCACUUAUGGAUCGACAGGGGUACCGAUGGAAGAAGGUGGCUAUGGAGGAAGAGGAGAGUAAGACCCAGGUGUCUGCAGUGAGAGCUUCUCAGCAACCCCGCAAGCCCCACACAUCUAAACCAGCAGCUGCUGCUGAAGGAUCAUCCUCUUUCAUGGAUCGACAGAGUAGCCACAGGGAGAAGACAGUGGUAGUACAGGAAAUGCUUCAAACCAAGAAGGUUUCUCCAGGGAGAGGAUCACAGAAGGCCCCCGAGACCCACACUCCUAAAUCAGCAGAAUGGGGAACAGAGGACCGGGCUACCCUCAUGGAUCGUCAGGGAGGCCGUAAGGAGGUGACAGCGAUACAGGAAAAGUUCACAGUUCACAGUUCUUCAGGAGCAAUAACCAAGAAGGCCUCUGCAGUGAGUGUAUCCCAGGAGGCCAUCAAGCUGCAUGCCAAUAAACAAUCUUCGAGAGCCAGUGCUGAGGCCCCGGCCCCUAUCUUGGAUCGCCAGGAGACACUCAAGAAAGAGGCAAAAGUGGCAGAAGAAGAGAUUAAGGUUCUGAAGAGCUCAGUAAAAUAUUCGCAGUCACCCCCCAAGCUGGACACUGCUAAACCAUCCUUGGGAGCCAGUGUUGAGGCCCCAGCCCCUAUCUUGGAUCACCAGGAGACACUCAAGAAAGAGGCGAAGGUUGAGGAGGAAAAGAUUAAAAUGCAGAACAGCUCUGUGAAAGCUUCUCAGCCACCCCCCAAGCUGGGCUCCUCUAAAUCAGUAAGCACUGGGGCCCCAGCCCCUGCCUUGGACCAGGAGCCACUGGAGAAGGAGGUGAAGAUAGCAGUGGAAAAGAUUAAAAUACAGAAGAGCUCUGUGAAAGCUCAGCCACCCCCCAAGCUGGGCUCCUCCAAAUCAGUAAGCACUGAGGCCCCAGUCCCUGCCUUGGACCAGAAGCCACUGGAGAAGGAGGUGAAGAUAGCAGUGGAAAAGAUUAAAGUGGAGAAGAGCUCAGUGAAAGGUUCCCAGCCCAAGCCAGUCACCCCAAAACCAUCUUCGGGAGCUGAGGGCCCGGACUCCAUCUUGGUUCAGAAUGACAUGAUGGUGGUGGAGGAGAACAUUCGGAUUCAGAAUGUUACAAUAGUGAAAAACAAAGAGGUCUUUAGAAAGACUGAAACCCAGGAGAACACCGAGCUGUACACUGCUAAACCCAACUCAGGAUGUGGGACAGAGCCUCUGUCUGCCAUUACGUCCAGUAAGAAAACAAUAGUGGUGGAGGAAAAGAUUCAGGUCCAAAAGAUCUCAGCAGUGACUGAAACCCAACAGGCCCCUGAACAGUGUGCCUCUAAACCAUCACUGGGAGCUGGUACUGAGGUCCCGGGCUCCAGCUCGCAUCACCAGGAACAGGAAGUGACGGUGAUGGAGGAUGUACAGAAGAUCACUGCAUUGGAAGGAUCGGAAACAAACCCAGAGCCUAUCACUGUGGAAGAUGAACGAGACAGAGUGCAGAAGAAGACUUUCACGAAAUGGGUGAACAAGCACCUGAUGAAGGCCCAGCGCCACAUCAGUGACCUGUAUGAAGACCUCAGAGAUGGACAUAACCUGAUCUCGCUGCUGGAGGUCCUCUCGGGGGAGACCCUGCCGAGGGAGCGAGACGUUAUGAGGAACUUACGGUUGCCCCGGGAGAAAGGGCGAAUGCGUUUCCACAAGCUUCAGAAUGUACAGAUUGCACUGGACUUCCUCAAACACCGCCAGGUUAAACUCGUGAAUAUCCGAAACGAUGACAUUGCAGACGGAAACCCCAAGCUGACCCUGGGGCUGAUAUGGACCAUCAUCCUCCACUUCCAGAUCUCUGAUAUCCAGGUGUGCGGGCAGUCAGAGGACAUGACAGCCAAAGAGAAGCUCCUGCUGUGGUCCCAGCGAAUGGUGGAGGGCUACCAGGGUCUGCGCUGUGACAACUUCACCACCAGCUGGAGGGACGGCAAGCUGUUUAACGCAGUGAUCCACAGGCACAGGCCAAUGCUGAUUGACAUGAACAGGGUGUACCGACAGACGAACCAUGACAACCUGGAGCAGGCCUUCACCGUGGCAGACAGGGAGCUGGGGGUGACCCGACUGCUGGACCCAGAAGAUGUGGACGUCCCCCAUCCCGAUGAGAAGUCCAUCAUUACAUAUGUCUCCUCUCUCUAUGAUGCCAUGCCACGCGUCCCUGACGUCCAGGAUGGGGUCAAAGCCAACGAACUGGAGCUCAGAUGGCAGGAGUACUACGAGCUGGUCACCUUGCUGCUGCAGUGGAUUCGACACCAAGUCAUCGUCCUGGAAGAGAAGAAGUUCCCCAGCAGCUACGAGGAGAUCGAGAUCCUGUGGCGGCAGUUCCUGAGGUUUAAGGAAACUGAACUCCCGGCUAAAGAGGCUGACAAGAAUCGCUCCAAGGGCCUCUACAAGUCCUUUGAGGAUGCUGUGCAGGCCGGACAGGUCAAGGUCCCUCCCGGUUACCAUCCCAUCGACGUUGAGAAGGAAUGGGGCCGCCUCCACGUGGCGAUACUGGAGAGAGAGAGGCUGCUCAGGACAGAAUUCGAGAGGCUGGAGAGGCUCCAAAGAAUCGUCAGUAAGAUCCAGAUGGAGUCCGGGGUGUGUGAGGAGCAGCUGAACCAGGUGGACUCUCUCUUACAGAUGGAUAUCCGUCUGAUGAGUGCUGGGAAAGCGCCUCAGAACUCGGGGGAGAUCGAGAAAGAGCUUGACAAAGCGGACGGGAUGAUCCGCCUCCUCUUCAACGACGUGCAGGCCCUGAAGGAUGGGCGCCACCCCCAGGCUGAGCAGAUGUACAGGAGGGUUUACCGCCUCCAUGAGCGCUUGGUGGCUCUACGCACCGACUACAACCUGCGUCUCAAUGCUGGUGCUUCACAGUCUUCGAUCACCAUGACCCAGCAGAGCAUGACCCAGCAGAGCAUGACCCAGCAGAGCAUGAGCUCACGGCAGAGACCGGAGCUGGAUGAUGUGACGCUGCGCUACGUUCAGGACCUGCAGGCCUGGGUGGAGGAGAACCAGAGGCGCAUCGACGGGGCUGAGUGGGGGGUCGACCUGCCCUCUGUGGAGUCCCAGCUGGGCAGCCAUCGUGGCCUGCACCAGUCCAUCGAAGACUUCCGCUCCAAGAUCGAGCGGGCACGCGCUGACGAGAAUCAGCUGUCCCCUGUCAGCAAGGGAUCCUACAGAGAAUACCUUGGGAAGCUGGAUCUGCACUAUGCUAAGCUGCUGAAUUCCUCCAAGUCACGCCUCCGUCACCUGGACAACCUCCAUGGCUUCGUGUCUGCAGCCACCAAAGAGUUAAUGUGGCUAAACGACAAGGAGGAGGAAGAGGUGAACUACGACUGGAGCGACCGCAACACCAACAUGUCGGCCAAGAAAGACAACUACUCGGGUCUGAUGCGGGAGCUGGAGCAGAAAGAGAGGAAGAUCAACAGCACUCAGGCCACUGGAGAGCAGCUGCUGAAGGAGGGCAACCCCGGCAGGAAGACUGUCGAGGCAUUCAUGGCAGCCCUCCAGACCCAGUGGAGCUGGAUACUGCAGCUGUGCUGCUGCAUCGAGGCGCACCUCAAGGAGAACACGGCCUACUUCCAGUUCUUCUCGGAUGUGAAAGAGUCUGAGGAGUACCUGAAGAAGAUGCAGGAGUCCAUGAAGAAGAAGUACAGCUGCGACCGAACAGUCACUGUCACCCGUCUGGAGGACCUGCUGCAGGAUGCCAUGGAUGAGAAGGAGCAACUCAACGAGUACAAAGGACAGCUGGCUGGUCUCAGUAAGCGUGCGAAGGCCAUUGUUCAGCUCAAGCCUCGCAAUGCUGCCAACCCUUUGAAGAGCAAGCUUCCUGUCCAGGCAGUGUGUGACUUCAAGCAGAUGGAGAUCACUGUUCACAAGGGGGACGAGUGUGUUCUCCUGAAUAACUCCCAGCCCUACAAGUGGAAGGUGCUGAAUGCUUCCGGUAACGAAGCUGUGGUGCCGUCUGUCUGCUUCCUUGUCCCACCUGCCAACAAAGAGGCCCUCGAUGCAGUCAGCAGCCUGGACUCCAGCCACCAGAAGCUGGUGACCAUGUGGCAUCGCCUGCACGUCGAUAUGAAGAGCAUGCUGUCUUGGCAGUACCUGAUCCGGGACAUUCAGCAGAUCAAGUCCUGGAACAUCACCAUGUUCAAGACCAUGAAGCAAGAGGAGUACAUGCUGAUCCUGCGCCAGCUGGAGCUCCACUACCAGGACUUCAUGCGGGACAGCCAGGACUCGCAGCUCUUCGGGGCCGAUGACCGCAUGCAGAUAGAGAGCGAAUACAGCAGGACGUCGCAGUACUACGAGAGGCUGCUCCGCACGCUCGAGAAAGGGUAUAAGCGCAGCUGUGAAGGGGAACAUGAUGAGUCCGUGUGUAAGAGCUUCGUCACCCAAAUCAAAGACAUCCAUCUGCAGCUGGAGGGCUGUGAGUCACGCACCAUCAACAAGAUCCGCUCCCCCCUUGACAAGGACCCCCUGAAGGACUGCUCCCAGAGGAUCACUGAGCAGAAGCAAAUUCAAGUGGAGCUUGAGGGGAUCAAGAAGAACCUUAACAAGGUGACUGAGAAGACAGAAGCCGUCCUGGCCUCUCCCGAGCUGUCGGGUUCUGUCCCGGUCCUGCGUUCUGAGCUGGACAUCACCCUGAAAAAGAUGGACCAGGUCUACAGCCUGUCCACCGUCUAUCUGGACAAGCUGAAGACCAUUGACCUGGUGAUCCGUAGCACACAAGGGGCAGAAGAACUGGUCAAGAAGUACGAGGACCGUUUGAGGGAGGUAAACAACGUUCCCGCUGACGCCAAGGAGUUGGAGACCUGCCGCACGCAGCUGAAGAAAACCCGCAGCGAGGCUGAGGGACACCAGCCUGUGUUUGAUGGUCUGGAGACUGAGCUGACCAGUGCUUCAGCAGUGAGCGAGCGCCUGUCCCGCGUGCACAGCGAGCGUGAUGCUGACCUGGAUCGAUACCGCCUGUGUGUGAACGGUCUGCUGGAGCGCUGGCAGGGCAUCUUUGCACAGAUAGACCUGCGCCAGCGUGAGCUGGAGCAGCUGGGCCGCCAGCUCCGCUACUACCGUGAGAGCUACGACUGGCUCAUAACCUGGAUCGCAGACGCCAAGCAGCGACAAGAGAACAUCCAGGCUGUGUCCAUCAGCAACAGCAAGACGCUGAAGGAGCAGCUGACCCAGGAGAAGAGACUACUGGAAGAAAUCGAGAAGAACAAAGACAAGGUGGAUGAGUGCCAGAAAUACGCCAAGGGGUACAUCGAUACAAUCAAGGACUACGAGCUUCAAUUGGUGACAUACAAAGCCAUGGUGGAACCAUUGGCCUCUCCUGUCAAGAAGGCCAAAGUGGAAUCUGCAGCUGAUAACAUUAUCCAGGAGUAUGUCACCCUGAGGACCCGCUACAGUGAACUGACUACCCUAACCAGCCAAUACAUCAAGUUCAUCACAGAGACCCAGCGACGCCUGGAGCAGGACGAGAAGGCAGCCGAGAAACUUAAAGAGGAGGAGAUGAGAAAGAUGGCAGAAAUGCAAGCUGAGUUAGACAAGCAGAAGCAACUGGCUGAGGCUCAUGCCAAAGCUAUUGCCAAGGCUGAGAAAGAGGCCCAGGAGCUGAAGCUCAAGAUGCAGGAGGAGGUCACCAGGAGAGAGGCGGUGGCUGUUGAUGCUGAGCAACAGAAGCAGAACAUUCAGCAGGAGCUGCAACAGCUCAGGAACAACUCGGUCACGGAAAUCAAGUCCAAGACCCAGCAAGUGGAGGAAGCCCUUUCGAGCCGCACCAGGAUUGAGGAGGAAAUCCGGCUGGUCAGGAUUCAGUUGGAGACUACCGUCAAGCAGAAAUCUAAUGCUGAAUCUGAGCUUCAGCAGCUGAGGCAAAGGGCCGAGGAGGCGGAGAGACAGAGAAAAGCCGCCCAGGAAGAGGCUGAAAAGCUCCUAAAACAGGUGAAAGAAGAGUCCCAGAAAAAGCGUCAGGCCGAGGAAGAGCUAAAGCAGAAAGUAGAGGCAGAAAAAGAAGCUGCCAGGCAAAAGCAAAAGGCCAUGGACGACCUGGAGAAACUGAAAAUGCAGGCGGAAGAGGCAGAAAGAAGGAUGAAACAAGCAGAGAUAGAAAAGGAUAGGCAAUUUAAGGUUGCCCAAGAGGUAGCACAAAAGAGUGCUGCGGCGGAGCUUCAGAGCAAACGCAUGUCCUUCGCUGAAAAGACAGCACAGUUGGAACAGUCUCUUAAGCAGGAGCAUGUCACCGUCACUUACCUUCAGGAGGAGGCGGAGCGUCUCAAGAGGCAGCAGGAGGAGGCAGAUAAUGCCAGAGAGGAAGCAGAGAAAGAACUAGAAAAAUGGAGACAGAAAGCCAACGAGGCCCUCCGGUUGAGGCUCCAAGCAGAGGAAAUAGCCCACAAGAAGAGCCUGGCACAAGAGGAUGCUGAAAAGCAGAAAGAGGAGGCUGAGCGAGAAGCCAAGAAGAGAGCCAAGGCCGAGGAAGCUGCCUUGAGGCAAAAAGAGGUGGCAGAGCAUGAGCUAGAGAAGCAGAGACAAAUUGCAGAGGGCACCGCUCAGCAGAAACUAUCAGCUGAACAGGAACUCAUCCGACUGAGAGCUGAGUUUGAACAUGGUGAACAACAGAGAUCCCUGCUUGAGGAAGAGCUUUACCGCCUAAAAAAGGAGGUCAAUGAGGCAGUGCAACAAAGAAAACUGCUGGAAGAUGAACUAGCCAAAGUUAGGGCUGAAAUGGAGAUCCUUCUUCAGUCAAAGUCUAAGGCUGAAAAAGAAACGAUGUCUAACUCUGAAAAGAGCAAGCAGCUGCUUGAGGCUGAAGCCGCUAAGAUGAGGGAGCUUGCUGAAGAGGCCAUGAAGCUUCGGUCUAUCUCUGAAGAGUCCAAGAAACAGAGGCAACUAGCAGAGGAGGAAGCAGCUCGACAGAGAGCAGAGGCUGAAAGAAUCCUAAAGGAAAAGCUGGCCGCAAUCAAUGAAGCCACACGCUUAAAAACAGAGGCAGAGAUCGCCCUGAAAGAGAAAGAGGCUGAAAAUGAGCGCCUGAGAAGGCAGGCAGAAGAUGAGGCUUACCAAAGAAAGAUCCUGGAGGAGCAAGCAUCCCAACACAAGCAAGAUAUUGAGGAGAAGAUUAAUCUUCUGAAGAAGUCUUCUGAGUCUGAACUGGAGAGGCAGAAGGCUAUUGUGGAUGAGACUUUAAAACAGAGGCGGAUUGUCGAGGAAGAGAUACGGAUACUAAAGAUCAGCUUUGAGAAAGCCUCAUCUGGCAAGCAGGACCUGGAGCUGGAGCUAAACAAACUGAAAAACAUUGCAGAUGAGACUCAGCGUAGUAAGGAGCAGGCUGAGAAAGAAGCUGAAAAGCAACGUCAACUAGCUCUUGAGGAAGAAAACAGACGCAAGGAGGCAGAGGAGAAGGUGAAGAAGAUUGCGGCUGCUGAGGAAGAAGCUGCCCGUCAACACAAGGCAGCUCUGGGCGAAGUUGAACGCCUCAAGAAGAAAGCUGAGGAGGCUAGGAACCAGAAAGAACUUUCUGAGAAAGAGGCAGAGAAGCAGAUUCAACUAGCACAACAGGCUGCCGAGAAACGCAUUGCUGCUGAAGAGAAGGCCCAUAUUGUUGUCGUGCAGCAGAAAGAACAGGAGCUAAUGCAGACCAGGAUGCAGGAACAGUCAAUCCUGGAUAAGCUGAAGGAGGAGGCAGAAAAAGCCAAGAAGAUGGCAGAAGAAGCAGAAAAAGCCAAACAGAAGGCACAGCAGGAAGUGGCUCGUUUCCGACAGCAAGCUGAAGAGGCUGAGCGUCAGAAGCAAGCAGCUGAAGUUGAAGCCACCAACCAAGCUAAGGCCCAAGAGGAUGCCGAAAAACUGCGAAAAGAAGCAGAGCUUGAAGCAACUAAGCGUGCCCAGACUGAGGCCACAGCUUUGAAACAGAAGGAAUUAGCAGAUGCUGAGAUGGAGAAGCACAAAAAGCUUGCAGAACAAACUGUGAAGCAAAAGGCUCAAGUUGAGAAAGAACUGACAAAGGUGAAGCUUCAGCUAGAAGAGACAGAUACACAGAAGGGCCUUCUGGAUGAGGAGCUGCAUCGCCUCAAGGAUGAAGUUACUGAUGCUGCCAAGCAGAAAGCUCAAGUUGAAGAAGAGCUGUUCAAGGUCCGAAUCCAAAUGGAGGAGCUCAUAAAACUGAAGAUCAGAAUUGAGAAUGAAAACCAGAUGCUGAUGAAAAAAGAUAAGGACAACACCCAACAGUUCCUGCAAGAGGAAGCAGAAAAUAUGAAAAAGCUGGCAGAGGAAGCUGCCCACCUCAGCGUGGCGGCCGAAGAGGCUGCUCGUUUGAGGCAGAUAGCAGAAUCUGACUUGGCUCAACAGCGGGCCCUUGCAGAGAAAAUGUUGAAGGAGAAAAUGCAGGCCAUCCAAGAGGCAUCCAGACUGAAAGCAGAGGCAGAGAUGCUCCAGAGACAGAAAGACCUAGCCCAGGAGCAGGCCCAGAAACUCCUGGAGGACAAACAGCAGAUGCAGCAACGACUGGAAGAGGAGACAGAAGGGUUCCAAAAAACCCUGGAGGCUGAGCGCAGGAGACAGCUGGAGAUCACAGCUGAGGCAGAGAAGCUGAAGCUAAAGGUGUCUCAGCUGAGUGAUGCUCAGUCCAGAGCUGAGGAGGAAGCCAAGAAGUUCAAGAAGCAGGCCGAUGAGAUCAGUUCUCGUCUCCAUGAGACUGAGCUCUCCAACAAACAGAAGUUUACUGUGGUAGAGAAGUUGGAAGUCCAACGACUCCAGAGCAACAAAGAGUCUGAUGACCUCCGCAGAGCUAUCACUGAACUUGAGAAAGAGAAGGCAAAACUGAAAAAAGAAGCUGAUGACUUACAGAAGAAAGCAGCAGAGAUGGUAGUUGCCCAGCAGGAACAGAUCAAACAGGAGACCCAUACUCUUCAAAAGACUUUCAUAACAGAAAAGGAGAUGCUCAUAAAGAAGGAGAAAUUUAUUGAGGAAGAGAAAUCAAAGCUGGAAAAACAGUUUGAGGAGGAGAUGAAAAAGGCCAAGGCUCUUAAAGAUGAGCAGGAGCGGCAGAGGAAGCAGAUGGAAGAGGAGAAGAAGAAGCUUCAGUCCACCAUGGACGCUGCUCUGAAGAAACAACAAGAUGCCGAGGAGGAGGUCCGCAGCAAACAGAAUGAGCUACAGGAGCUGGAAAAGAAAAGACUGGAGCAGGAGAAAUUGCUGGCUGAGGAGAACCAGAAGCUACGUGAAAAAUUGCAGCAGCUCCAAGUGGUGCAGAAACCAGCCCCAGCCCAAACCCACACAAGGGAGAUCAUGAUCCAGACAGAUGAUGUUCCUGAAGAAGAACUGGUUGCCAUGACCCAAGUGGGAGUCCAGAGUGUAAAUGGCCGGGACACAGUCGAUUCAGUGGGCAGUCCCAAGCAAAACGGAGAAGCAGGGCCAGCUUUUGAUGGCAUUCGUGAAAAAGUCCCUGCCAGCAGACUUCUUGCAGUUGGAAUCUUGAGCAAAAAGCUUAUGGAUAAACUGAAGAAAGGUAAAACCACUGUGGAAGAACUCGCCAAGACUGAGAACCUGAAGAAUUACCUGAAAGGGAAGAACAGCAUUGGGGGAAUCUUGCUAAAGCCUAACAAGAAAAUGAGUCUUUAUCAAGCUUUCAAGGAUAGAAUAAUUACACCAGGGACUGCCAUGAUCCUGCUGGAAGCACAAGCUGCCUCUGGGUACAUUAUUGACCCAAUAAAGAAUGCAAAGCUUUCAGUCAAUGAAGCUGUAAAAGAGGGCCUAAUUGGACCAGAGCUGCACACCAGAAUGCUCUCAGCUGAAAGAGCAGUCACAGGCUAUAAAGAUCCAUACACAGGUAGCAAGAUCUCCCUUUUUGAAGCCAUGAAAAAGGACCUGAUUAUAAAGGAACAUGGCAUUCGCCUGUUAGAGGCACAGAUAGCUACAGGUGGCAUUAUUGACCCAGUGAACAGCCACCGUGUACCAAUUGAGACUGCAUAUAAGCUGGGCUUCUUUGACUCAGAAAUGAACAAGAUCUUGUUGGACCCUACUGAUGACACCAAAGGAUUUUUUGAUCCAAACACUCAGGAAAACCUCACUUACCUGCAGCUGAUGGAGAGAUGUGUAACAGAUCCCGAAACCGGUCUUUGCCUCCUUCCUAUAACAGAGAAAGCAGCCAAAAGUGAGCAAACCUACACAGACGAAGAAACGAAAGAUGUGUUUAGAAAAGCCACUGUCUCAGUUCCAUUUGGCAGAUUCAAGGGCAAGACUGUCACCAUAUGGGAAAUCAUCAACUCUGAGUAUUUCACAGAGGAACAAAGAAGGGAUCUCAUUCGGCAGUACAAGACAGGGAAAAUCACUGUGGAGAAAAUAAUCAAGAUCGUCAUCACAGUGGUGGAAGAGGGUGAGAAAAAGAAACAAGUUGCAUUUGAGGGUCUUAGGGCUCCUGUCCCUGCUAAUGAACUCUUGGAGUCCAAAAUCAUUGACAAAGACUUGUACAACCAGUUACACCAGGGCAAAACAUCUAUUAAGGAUAUCUCUGAGCUGGAGCCAGUUAAGAAGUGCCUGAAAGGUACAAACAGCAUUGCUGGGGUUGUGAUCGAGUCAACCAAGGAGAAAUUACCCAUUUAUCAAGCCAUGAAGAAAGACUUUCUGCGACAGGGGCCUGGACUUGCUCUCUUAGAGGCCCAAGCUGCCACUGGCUAUAUUAUCAACCCAGUCACCAAUGAGAAGCUUACUGUUGAUGAGGCUGUCAAAGCAGGUCUUGUUGGCCCUGAACUGCAUGAUAAGCUGCUAUCUGCAGAGAGAGCUGUAACUGGGUACAAGGAUCCUUAUACUGGAAGCACUGUCUCCUUGUUCCAGGCCAUGCAAAAGGACCUGAUUCACAAAGACCAGGGAAUCCGUUUGCUAGAUGCCCAGUUGGCAACCGGAGGUGUCAUUGACCCGGUCAAAAGCCAUCGUAUUCCAGUGGAUAUCGCCUGCAAGCGUGGGUAUCUUGAUGAUGAGAUGAACAAGAUCCUCUCAAAUCCAACCGAUGAUACCAAAGGUUUCUUUGACCCUAACACACAGGAGAAUGUCACGUAUCGGCAGCUGCAAAAAAGAUGUGUCACUGACAAAGAUACUGGUCUGUGCUUACUGCCCCUCUCAGAGCAAGCUAUUAAAGCCAAGGAAGAACAGACACACUCUGAUAUCCAGACUAAAGAGGCUCUGAACCAGGCUACGGUGGAGGUACAAUCUGGACCCUUCAAAGGAAAAAGAGUGACUAUCUGGGAAAUCAUCAACUCUGAAUAUUUGACAGAAGAACAAAGGAUUGAGCUGAUUAGACAGUACAGGACAGGGAAGGUGACUAUGGAGAAGAUCAUUAAGAUUGUGAUUACUAUCAUUGAUGAAACAGAGACCAAGAAACAACAGCAGGUUAGCUUUAAUGGCCUGAGAGCACCAGUCCCAGCUAGCUCGUUAUUUGACUCCAAUAUUAUUGACAAAGCUACAUACAGCCAGCUUCAGCAGGGAAAGAAGACACCAAAGGAAGUCUCAGAAAUCGAUUCAGUGAAGAAAUACCUGCAAGGGACCGACAGCAUUGCCGGCAUCUAUGUAGAGCCUACAAAAGAAAAAAUGACAGUUUACCAAGCUAUGAAGAAAAAUUAUAUAAGACCAAGCACAGCUCUUGGUCUGCUGGAAGCACAAGCAGCUACUGGAUUUGUAAUUGAUCCAAUCAAAAACCAGAAGCUCACAGUGCAUGAUGCUGUCAAGGCAGGUGUUGUUGGCCCUGAAAUGCAUGAAAAACUUCUCUUGGCUGAAAAAGCAGUAACUGGUUACAAAGAUCCUUAUACUGGAAAUACAAUCUCUCUAUUCCAAGCAAUGCAGAAGGAUCUAAUCCUAAAAGAACAAGCAAUUCCACUCCUGGAAGCUCAGAUUGCCACUGGGGGCAUCAUUGAUCCAGUAAACAGCCACCGUGUGCCUAUUGAGGUGGCCUACAAGCGGGGGUAUUUUGACCAAGAAAUGAGCAAGAUCUUCUCUCACCCUUCAAAUGAUACCAAAGGUUUUGUUGAUCCAAACACUAAUGACAAGCUCACCUACCAGCAGCUGAAAGAAGGGUGUAUUAGAGACCCUGAUACUGGACUAUGCUUUAUCCCACUUAAAAAGACAGAGGGACCAUCAGUGGUGGAAAAGACUUUUAUAUACACUGAAGAAGAAACCAAGAACGAAUUUGAGAAAACCCAAGUUGACAUACCUCUUGAAAGCCAAGCUGGGAAGUCAAUGUCCCUCUGGGAUGUCAUGAACUCUGACCUUCUUCCAGAGGAGGAAAGGAUGAAACUUCUGCAACAGUAUCAAUCAGGCAGUAUCACAAAGGAACGCAUGAUCAUUAUCAUUAUCGAAAUUAUUGAGCAGAGAGAGAUCAUUAGGCAUGAACAGAGCAUUACUUGCGAUGUUAUCCGACGCAGGGUUACUAUUGAAGAAUUAUACAGUGCCAGGAUCAUUGACCUUGAAACCUAUAACUUCCUUAAACAAGGAAAGAAGACCAUAAGAGAAAUCAUGGAAACUGAGAUUGUUAAACGUUACCUGUUUGGCACUGGCAGUGUUGCUGGUUUUCUGGCCUCCUCAAAGGAAAAGGUCAGCAUCUAUCAGGCAAUGAAGAGAGGUCUGAUUAAGCCUGAAGUAGCCUUUGGUCUUUUGGAAGCUCAAGCAGCAACUGGGUUCAUGAUUGACCCAGUAAAAGAUGAAAUGUUAACUGUUGACGAGGCUGUUAGAAAGAAUGUCGUUGGGCCAGAGAUCCAUGAUAAGCUCCUCUCAGCUGAGAGAGCAGUCACGGGUUACAGGGACCCUUACAGUGGGAAAACCAUCUCCCUUUUCCAGGCCAUGAAGAAAGACUUGAUCUCUGAAGAGUAUGCCCUCAAGUUACUUGAAGCUCAGUUUGCCACAGGUGGCAUCAUGGACCCAGAAUACAAUUUCCACUUGCCAACAGAUGUUGCCUUGCAACGGGGGUACAUGAAUAAGGAAACAAAUGAAAAGAUUUCUGAUCCAAAUGGGGAUGUCAAAGGCUACCUGGACCCCAUCACCGAGGAAAAGCUUUCCUAUGCUCAGCUGCUCAAGGGUUGCAAGAUUGACAUAGGCACCGGCCUCCGUCUACUAUCUCUGUCAGAUAGGAGGUUGAUGUUUAAAGGCUUGAGAAAGCAGAUUACCAUGGAAGAGCUUGUGCGUUCUGAGAUUAUAGACCAGAAGACAGUUCAACAGCUUCAGGAAGGUUUGACUACCAUUGAAGAAGUAAGCAGGCAACUUCAAAAAUACCUGGAAGGCACCAGCUGUAUUGCUGGAGUCUUUGUUGAAUCCACUAAAGACCGCCUUUCAGUAUACCAGGCAAUGAAGAAGAACAUGAUUAGGCCAGGGACUGCUUUUGAACUUCUGGAAGCCCAAGCUGCUACUGGAUAUGUGAUUGACCCAAUAAAGAACCAGAAGUUGACAGUCAAUGAGGCUGUCCUGUUGGGAAUUGUAGGCCCUGAGUUCAAAGAUAAACUGCUGUCUGCUGAGAGAGCUGUAACAGGUUACAAAGACCCAUAUUCUGGCAAAAUUAUUUCUCUGUUCCAGGCCAUGAAAAAAGGACUGAUCUUAAAGGACCAUGGCAUCCGUCUUAUUGAAGCUCAGAUUGCUACUGGAGGUAUCAUCGAUCCAGAGGAAAGUCAUCGCUUGCCAGUAGAGGUGGCGUACAAACGUGGCCUGUUUGAUGAGGAGAUGAACAAGAUCCUCUUAGACCCCAGUGAUGACACAAGAGGUUUCUUCGACCCGAACACAGAGGAGAACCUGACUUACCUACAGCUGAUGGAGAGGUGCUUCACAGACCCUGAGACAGGCCUGGUCCUACUGCUUCUAAAAGAUAAGAAACGGGAAAGGAAGACUUCCUCCAAGUCUUCUGUCCGCAAACGUAGAGUGGUUAUUGUGGAUCCUGAGACAGGCAAAGAGAUGUCUGUGUACGAAGCUUAUCGCAAGGGGCUUAUUGACCACCAGACCUACCUUGAGCUUUCAGAGCAGGAGUGUGAGUGGGAAGAAAUAACCAUCUCUUCCUCUGAUGGUGUGGUCAAAUCCAUGAUAAUCGACAGGAGAUCUGGUCGGCAGUAUGACAUUGAUGAUGCUAUUUCCAAAGGCCUCAUCGAUAAGUCUUCCUUGGAUCAGUACCGCUCUGGUAGUCUCUCCAUCACAGAGUUUGCUGACAUGUUGUCAGGCAACAUGGGUGGGUUCCGUUCCAGAUCCUCCUCCAUCGGAUCAUCCUCCUCCUAUCCAAUGAGUCCCCUCCCAUCAAUCAAGACCCCGGCAACUACAUGGAAUGACCCUACUGAGGAAACGGGUCCAGUUGCUGGAAUCUUAGACACUGACACAUUGGAAAAGGUAUCCAUUACCGAAGCCAUGCACCGCAACCUAGUAGACAACAUCACUGGUCAAAGACUCUUGGAGGCCCAGUCUUGUACAGGAGGCAUAAUCGAUCCCAACACUGGGGAAAAGUUCCCUGUGGCUGAUGCCAUGAAUAAGGGGUUGGUGGACAAAAUCAUGGUGGACCGCAUCAACCUGGCCCAGAAGGCCUACCAUGGAUUUGAAGACCCAAGAACCAAGACAAAGAUGUCUGCUGCCCAGGCAUUAAAGAAAGGCUGGCUAUACUAUGAAGCUGGCCAACGCUUCCUGGAAGUCCAGUAUCUGACUGGCGGGUUGAUUGAACCUGAUGUGGCUGGCAGAGUCCAGCUGGAUGAGGCCAUCAGGAAGGGAACCUUGGAUGCCCGCACUGCACAGAAGCUCAGAGACGUCAGCGCUUACUCCAAAUACCUGACCUGCCCCAAAACCAAACUGAAGAUCUCCUACAAGGACGCCAUGGACAGGAGCAUGGUUGAAGAAGGCUCUGGGCUGCGUCUGCUAGAGGCCUCUUCACAGUCAUCCAAAGGGCUGUACAGCCCCUACAACGCCAGUGCCUCUGGGUCAGCCUCCGGAUCCCGGUCCGGGUCCAGAACUGGCUCAAGAACAGGAUCAAGACGGGGCAGCUUCGAUGCCACUGGAACUCCAUUCUCCACGUCCUUCUCUUCAUCCUCCUACAGCUCCACAAGCUAUGGUCGUCGAUACGACGCCGGGCCUCACAGUGGAUUGAACUUGGAUGAACUUGCACAAGCCCUAUCCGCAUUGAGUAGGAACUGCAGUCUUGAGGAAAGAGCGAUCUUCACAGCAAUACAACCACUGCACUCUGCAGUGGCAUAGUUUGUAGGAAACAUGUUAAAGAAACAAGAAAAACACAUUAUUUAUUCUGCUCUACAUGUAGUUGAGUUUAUUCUUUACUAGUGCUAUAUAAAUAUUACUACCUUUCUGAAUAUUAUUUCUAUCUGUUCAUCCUCUAUUCUAAACCAAGCCACUGGCUCAAAGGAAUCUGCAUUCAGUUAAUAAUACCUGUUUUUAUUGUUCUGUUUUGCUGGCCUAAUUAGUGAUAGUAUUUUAAUUAGUUUUAACUUUGAAUGAAUAAUAUAACAGAUUUUUGUGACUGACUACAAUUGUUUUAACACAUGUCAGUAUCAGAUAAUUUCCCAGCUGUCGAUAUACUACACUUCAUCAACCAAUAAAACAUAUUACAGCCUUCAUUUAUUCUUCUUCUUCAAAAAAAAAGAAUAUUUUCUCAUAGCCUCUAAGUACUUCAAAUUUAUCCUUUAGAUGACAAGACAAGAAAUAUAUAUAUAUAUAUAUAUAUAUAUAUAUAUAUAUAUAUAUAUAUAUAUAUAUAUAUAUAUAUAUAUAUAUAUAUUGGUUUGUAUUGGGGGGGAAAUGAAUACAGAUCAAUUAAAGAUAUAAGAUUGAAUAAGAAAGAUUUAAUUUAGCCAAGCAAACAAAAAUAAAAAAAAUAAAACUCUUGACUAUCUGCAGAGCAGAAUAAACAUACUAGCCACAUUUGGGAAAAGGAAAACACUGAAAAUAAAUGCUUCAAGACACCAGGCUUUUAGAUCUGUAAUAUAAUGCAAACUCAACUACCCUUCCAUGAUUAACCCUCUGCCAACCCAAAGCACCGUUCACUGCCCUUUGUGCUAUGAUUAUGUGAUGUUUUGUCUUCUGCCUAAGCUGCCCACUUACUCUGCAAGACACAAGCAAUUAUGUGCCCUAAAAACUCAUGGCCAGACUCUUCAAAACAUCGUGGGGAAACACAAAUUACCUAAAUUCAUGUACGGCAAGAAGUAUUAUCAACAUAUAACCCUCCCACACCCUUCUCAGGAAUCCCUCCUGUUCUCUGUAGAAAUAAAUGGGGAAUCUCUACCACUGAGGCCAAAGGACAAAUCAUGCCUGCUGUAGCUCAAGAAAGCAAAUAAGACUUUGAAAUGUUGGAUUUCUGGCUUCAAUGAAUAUGGAUGCAGUAGAAGCAGGAGCUCAAAGGCUCUUCAGACCCUCCUUGGAGAUACAGUAUGAUGAUGAUGAUGGUGCUUAAGCUGCCCAAAUAAAGGUGCCCAGAACAGGGUGGCUGCUCUGCAUGUGUCCCUCUUCACUGCUUUACUCCAAAGACAAGGAACAGAGGGUGAGACUCAAAGAUGGAUAUCUGAGGUUCAGGGUCCUCGGACUGACCUAAACUGCAACAUUACUAUGAGGAUUCAACUGCCUGCAUGUCCAGAGAUUCGGAUCUUCAUUCAAGUAUUACCCUUCUUCUCCCACCUCAUCUCCUGCCUGAAGAGAAUUGAGACUUAUCACACCUUUGAGAUUUUGAGAAGCCUUGAGAUUCCAGGAAUAAGCUGCAUGCCCCAUGUCCUGACCUGACCUGACCUGAACCCAGAAUCACUAUAGAAACUUCAGCACACCAAAUAGACUGAUACCCAGUACAUGCCUUACCUUAAGAAGCUGCUCAAACUGCACAGAUAUUCUCAAUGCUUAGUCUUCUGAGGCUUUCAAAGCUAUGCUAUAUUACAUUGGCCAAUAAAAUGUGUUCUGACUAAGAAUGUGUCACCGCAUGCACUUUACAGGACCAGCUUAGGGUUAAAUAUUGACUGUUCAGUGUAUGGUAUAUACCCAAUAUGUAAAAUGACUUGUGGUACUGUACAUAACAGUAAAUGGUCAUGAUAGACAUGGAGGCCACUUUACAAAAUGGUAAUUUACUUUGAAAAUGUCCCCAUGCGAUGAUCAUUGUAAAGAGUCUCGCCAUAUCAAGUUACGCUGCUGUUAUACUGUUGUGUGUCUUAGAUUUGAAAUAUUUCAACAUGAGUUUUGCAUUUACAAGAACAAGAAAAAUCAAUUGCAUAGUACUGUACAUGUCAUUAAAAAGCUGGAAAGAUGAAAUGUUACAAUAACUGGACUUGUAGUUUACACUUUGAGGUAGAUCAGAGAGGCAAAUGUACUCCCUUUCAUCCAUAAUUCAGUGUGGCAGACAAUGAACCAAUAGGGCUCCCUCAUGUGUGCCUAUGCAUGUUGUGUUUGGUCUAUCAACACGUUAUAGAUAAGGACGUUACUCCACAAAGAAACUAUGCCUUCUAUACAAAAUACUGUCAAACUAGAGAAGGAAUAUUGCUAUCAAUUGCAUGUUUUAAUUUUUUUUUGACCUUUUAAUCAAUUAUUUAACAGCUACUGUAGUAAUGGAUAUCCAAUAAUAUUAUAAUAGUUAUAAGAAGAAUUUUAAAUGCAAUAAUACCCUGUUCACUAAAAUUUGCCGUUGCAGCUAAACAGUAUUGAGUGACUGUAAUAAUUGUCAUUCAUGACUUGCUAAUUUAGUUUACACCCAUUCAAAAACUUUUUUUUUUUUUAUUUUGCUGACGGCUAUGUGAUAAUAUACAAUAUUAUUAUUUUGUUUUAAUCUUUAAAAUGUGGUAUUACAUUUUUUUUAAAUUUAAUGUUUUAUAGUUAACCCUUAUUUUAAAAUAUUGUAAUCUUGCAAUCAGUUUUAUACAAUGAGAAAAAUCAAUCAUGGUUUAGUACUGGUUUGCACCAUUGGGCCACUGGAGGUUUAAGAAAGUAUAUAGAUCUACUACAUACAGUAUGCUUCAAAAUAACUCGUAUAUUACAUAUUAUGAUUUUCUGUGCUACAAAAUGUCAAAUUGUGUGUGAAUUGUAAUUUAUCACACAAUUUGUGCCACACAUUUUCUCCUUGAUGCUAAAUCUUAGUGAACUAGAGUAACUAUGCCUGUCCCACAUAAUAGCCAACACUCCUUUCUCAAGCAUCUGAAAGCUUUAAAAUGUGUUUUUUUAUAGUUUGCUGAUCCCAUGUGCUUUCCAAAUAGCAAUAAGGUUGUCAUUUAUGUACUGUUGCUCUCCUUAAAAGUACUUCUGUAAAUCAUGUCAUAUUUUUUCUUUGUUUUCGUCAUAUUUUUGAUAUUAUAUAUAAGGAUAUUUUUGCUUUGCAUGUUUUACUAACUAAAAUAUAUAUACAAAAGAGUAAGCUAAUAAAGGCAUUAAGUAUAUCCAUAUCCACUUUGUUGAAACUGAUUUAUAUAAUUAAAAAUACAUAAUUAUUCAGAACGAACUGGUUGGUUUUGCCCAUAAUAAUGAGUUUGUGUUGUUAUGGGGCAUGAUUAUAAAGAAGAGACAUCUGGUGUAUUUUUGAGUAUAACACUAUAAUCAAAUGUAAAUAAACCAAUGUGCUGUAAACAA